CUUACACAUGCCAAGAAUGUGGGAAGAGUUUCACAGAGAAACAAAACCUUGAAAAGCACUUGACGAUACACAUUGAAACAAAGCCUGGACAUUCACAUGAGAAUUCACACUGGAGAAAAGCCUUACUCCUGCCCUGAGUGUGGAAAGAGUUUCAGAGUGAAAAAAUGCCUUGAAAACCACAUCAAAAUUCACACCGGAGAGAAACCUUACAUGUGCCAGGAGUGUGGAAAGAGUUUCACAGAGAAACAAAACCUAGAAAGGCACAUGAGAAUUCACACUGGAGAAAAGCCUUUCGCCUGCCCUGAGUGUGGAAGAAGUUUCAGAGUGAAACAAGAUCUUAAAAUUCAUGUGAGAAUUCACACUGGAGAAAAGCCUUUCUCCUGCCAACAGUGUGGAAAAAGUUUCUCAGAGAACAAGAAACUUGAAAGUCACAUGAGAAUUCACACUGGAGAAAAGCCUUUCGUCUGCUCUCAUUGCGGAAAGAAUUUCAGAGGGAAACAAAACCUUGAAAGCCACAUAAGGCUUCAUACCGGAAACAAGCCUUACACCUGCCCUCAGUGUGGAAAGAGUUAUAACCAACAAAAAAGCCUUGAGAUUCACAUUAGGACUCACACCGGAGAGAAACCUUUCCCUUGUCAUCAGUGUGGAAAGAGUUUCACACAACAAAGUACCCUUAAGGGUCACAUUAGGAUUCACACUGGAGAGAAACCCUUCACUUGCUCUCAGUGUGGAAAGAGUUUUAUAGAGAAAACAAAACUGGAGAGGCACAAGAAAAUUCACUCUGGAGAAAAGCCGUACAUUUGCCAGCACUGUAAAAAGAGUUUUACAUUGAAGCAAAGCCUGGACAUUCACAUGAGGAUUCACACUGGAGAAAAGCUUUACACCUGCCAACAGUGUGGAAAGAGUUUUACAGAGAAACACAAACUUGAAAGGCACAUGAAAAUUCAUACGGGAGAGAAGCCUUACAGAUGCCAACAGUGUGGAAAGUGUUUCAGAGAAAAACAGUGUCUUGACGUUCACACUAGAAUUCACACUGGACAAAACCCUUUCACUUGCUCUCAGUGUGGAAAGAGUUUCAGAUUGAAACAGAAGCUCAUAUCCCACAUGACAGUUCACACUGAAGUGAAGCCUGCACUUGGCAUAGAAAUAGUUUUAUUUACUUUAGAUCAAAUGGAUAUAAAAGAAGAAGACUGCGUCUCUCAGUCUGGGACGCAUAUCACAGAACAAUCGAGCCUAAAGAUUAAAACGGGAGAGACGGCCUUCACCUGCAAACAGUGUGGAGAGAUUUUCACAACAAACCAAAGUCUUGAAAGUCACAAAGUGAUUCACACCGGAGAACAACAUUAUUUUUGUUCAGAGUGUGGAAAGAGUUUCACUCAAAUGCGGUAUCUUAAAAAUCACAUGAAGAUUCACGCUGGAGAUCACCCCUUCACUUGUCCGGAGUGUGAUAAGUGUUUCACAAUGAAACACAGCCUUGAAAGUCACUUAAAAAUUCACACUGGGGAAAAGCCAUUCACCUGCCCUGACUGCGGAAAAAAAUUCAGAUUAAAGCAAAGCCUGGAGGGCCACAUGAGGAUUCACACCGGAGAGAAACCUUACACAUGUCAAAAUUGUGGGAAGAGUUUCAGAGAGAAACAAAUCCUCGACACGCACUUGACGAUUCACACUGGAGAAAAGCCUUACUCCUGCCCUGAGUGUGGAAAGAGUUUCAGAGUAAAAAAGUGCCUUGAAAACCACAUCAAAACUCAUACUGGAGAGAAACCUUACACAUGCCAAGAGUGUGGAAAGAGUUUUGCAAUAAAACAAAACCUAGAAAGGCACAUGAGAAUUCACACUGGAGAAAAGCCUUACUCCUGCCCUGAGUGUGGAAGGAGUUUCAGAGUGAAACAAGAUCUUAAAAUUCAUGUGAGAAUUCACACUGGAGAAAAACCUUUCUCCUGCCAACAGUGUGGAAAAAGCUUCACCGAGAACAAGAAGCUUGAAAGUCACAUGAGAAUUCACACUGGAGAAAAGCCUUUCGUCUGCUCUCAUUGCGGAAAGAAUUUCAGAGGGAAACAAAACCUUGAGAGCCACAUGAGACUUCACACCGGAAGCAAGCCUUACACCUGCCCUCAGUGUGGAAAGAGUUAUAACCAACAAAAAAGCCUUGACAUUCACAUUAGGACUCACACCGGAGAGAAACCUUUUGCUUGCGAUCAGUGUGGAAAGAGUUUUACUCAUCAAAGUAACCUUAAGGGUCACAUUAGGAUUCACACCGGAGAGAAACCUUUUACUUGCCCUCAGUGCGGGAAGAGUUUUAUAGAGAAAACAAAACUGGAGAGGCACAAGAAAAUUCACUCUGGAGAAAAGCCUUACGAUUGCCAGCACUGUAAAAAGAGUUUUACGUUAAAGCAAAGCCUGGACAUUCACAUGAAACUUCAUACCAGAGAGAAACCGUACUCCUGCCAACAGUGUGGAAAGAGUUUCAGAGUGAAACAGAAGCUCGUAUCCCACAUGACAGUUCACACUGAAGAGAAGCCUGCACUUGGCGUGGAAGUAGUUUUAGAAUGAAACAAGGCCUCAAAAGUUACACAAGAACAUUCUGGGGAAGCUGAAACUUCACAUUCCCUGUGCUCAAUGUGGGAUAUGAAUAUAAUUUGCAUGUAUUAAAACAAUUCUA